CCCGUCUUGAUGUGAGAGUCCAUGGAGGAGGAACCAGGAACUGGACCGGACCGGACCAGACCGCUGCUGCUGGAGAUUGCAGAAACACGUCUGAGGAGCUUCCUGCUCCGAUCAGGAUUAAGUGUAUCUUUACAAGCGACCUCCGUUAAACGACGAGGUCAAAGUCCAACAUUCCUGCAGGAGGAAACUGGAGCGAUUAAUGGGAAUCCAGAUCCAGACUGGGAGGAGUGGCCAGGUGGGCUAAUGAGGAACAGGUGGAUGUAACUGAGGACAUCUAGUGGCAGAAACGGGAUGAUGCAAAAUUUGUCCUUUUGCAUCGAUAUUUGUGGAGCUGAAACAAUGACUGGGAAGCGUGUCGCCGUGCAGCUCCAGGAUCUGAUCUGAGGAGGAACCUUUAACUCCGAGUCUUCUCUGAAGCGAGCGUCUCCUCCGUUUCCCCCUCCGACCGGAGGCCUGAUUCCAGGAAGGACGUCGUCUUGACUCGCAUCCAGCCGUGCUUUCUGCUUCUUUCUAGCUCUUGAAUUGUGCAGCCGGGUCUGCGGCUCUGCCUGCAGGUCAGACUGUUUUGUUGUUGUGUAAAUGAUCGCCUCUCAGAGGAACUCCUUGCUAGCGGCUCUGGAAGAUGCGAUCUGACAGGUUUAGACUGAAAAGGCCACGGAGGAUCUGCGGCGAUGCGAACUGCACCUACAAACACACCAACCGCCUCUGAUGCCCCGAGGUCACCGAGGUCACCGGCUGAACCAGAUCCGACCCGACAGCAGGACCGGCGGGUCAGGGGUCGCUCCGACCGGAGGAACACCUGGAAUCACCGCUGAAACAGGCUGCCGUAGUUCCAACAGCAGAGGCUCAGAUUAAAGCGUUAUUGAACAGAUUAUGAGGGGAAGAGUGAGGAUGAAGAGCGAGGAUGAAGCAGCGCCACUGUUCAGGUUCUGGUUCUGCUCGUCCCGGAUGACAAAAGGAGCGAUGUAGUUUCAGGAUCAUCAAGCUUUACGGUGGCAUUUAGAGAUCGACAGUCACCCAGGAGACACACACACACACAUACUGUGUGUGUGUUGAAUGUCAGCAGCAGUCGGUGGUCUGGGAUGAACCCGAGGUGACCUGAUCAUGAACUCGACAUCAAUGGUUCUGAUUGGUCGACACCCACUGUGAUGUCACCGUGGUAACCUGUGGGGAUCAAAAUAAUUUUUGUGAUUUUUAAAAUCUAAAUCUCUGUUUUUGUGGCGCUGAAAACUGGAGGAUCUGCUUCCUGUUGUCCUGAUGGAGCCUCCAGAACCAGCUGGACCGGCAGCCUGGUACCUGAGGGUUCUGCUGGGACAGCUGGACCAAUCAGAGCUCUGAUUAUUAAGGGCUGGAUAAGAGAGAAGGAGGAGUUCAGAUCCCAGGAGCGUGAGCCGCUGUAAGGAGCUGGACGGUGCCGCCAGGACGCGCCAGGCUCCCAUGUCUCCCUCCGACUUCCUGGACAAACUGAUGGGCAGAACGUCGGGAUACGACGCUCGGAUCCGACCGAACUUUAAAGGUCCUCCGGUCAACGUCUCCUGCAACAUCUUCAUCAACAGCUUCGGCUCCAUCGCUGAGACCACCAUGGACUACCGGGUGAACAUCUUCCUGCGGCAGCAGUGGAACGACCCGCGGCUGGCUUACGCCGAGUAUCCUGACGACUCUCUGGACCUGGACCCGUCCAUGCUGGACUCCAUCUGGAAACCGGACCUGUUCUUUGCCAAUGAGAAGGGAGCGCACUUCCACGAGGUCACCACCGACAACAAGCUGCUGCGCAUCUUCAAGAACGGCAACGUGCUCUACUCCAUACGACUGACGCUGACGCUGUCGUGUCCCAUGGACCUGAAGAACUUCCCCAUGGACGUCCAGACCUGCAUCAUGCAGCUGGAGAGCUUCGGCUACACCAUGAACGACCUGAUCUUCGAGUGGCAGGAAAACGGGCCGGUCCAGGUGGCAGAGGGCCUUACGCUGCCGCAGUUCAUCCUGAAGGACGAGUCGGACCUGAGAUACUGCACCAAGCACUACAACACCGGUAAGUUCACCUGCAUCGAGGUCCGGUUCCACCUGGAGCGGCAGAUGGGUUACUACCUGAUCCAGAUGUACAUCCCGUCCCUUCUCAUUGUCAUCCUGUCCUGGGUCUCCUUCUGGAUCAACAUGGACGCCGCGCCGGCCCGUGUGGCGCUCGGCAUCACCACCGUGCUCACCAUGACGACGCAGAGCUCCGGCUCCAGAACCUCGCUGCCCAAGGUGUCCUAUGUAAAGGCCAUUGACAUCUGGAUGGCCGUGUGUCUCCUCUUCGUCUUCUCUGCGCUGCUGGAAUACGCCGCCGUAAACUUCGUGUCGAGGCAACACAAGGAGCUGCUGCGCUUCCGGCGCCAACACAAGAGCAAGACCAAGGAAGUGGAGGUCCAGGAGAGCCGGCCGGCGUCCGCGGCUGCGGUGACCUCCACUCCCAGCAGCACCAAGGACACCAAAGUCAAUGCCAACAACACCGUGGGAGCUGUCAGCAUCUCCCAGAAUGCACCUGGAGGAGGAAGGAGCACGGAGGAGAUGAGGAAGCUGUUCAUCGACCGGGCCAAGAAGAUCGACACGGUGUCGAGAGCCGGAUUCCCUCUGGCCUUCCUCUUCUUCAACAUCUUCUACUGGGUCCUCUACAAGAUCCUGAGACACGAAGACGUCCACAAGCCCUGAGGACGAGGAGGACGGCGUGUCCUCAGAGGACGGCGUGUCCUCAGGGGACGGCGUGUCUUCAGGGGACUGCGUGUCCUCAGGGGACGGCGUGUCCUCAGGGGACGGCGUGUCCUCAGGGGACGGCGUGUCUU